AUGAUAGUUAGUAAUCAAAAAGUGGUGACGGAAACAACCGAGAUAAUGCGUAAUGUUAUUGAUGUGCAAUAUCAACUUUGUCUGGCUAAAGAUCAGCAGAACAUGACUCCUACUCCGGUUUUUGAUUCGAUUUCCUCAGAAAUCUCGCGAUUUGAGUCCGUUGUGAGUUGCACAGAGACCAUUAAAGAAGCUGCUGUUGGGUCUUCUGCCGCCAAGCCUUUUCCAUGCAUCCGUUCUGGUAGCUAUGCUGAUAUCGGAACAAGGCCGUCUAUGGAUGAUGAACACAUUAAGAUUGAUGAUCUAUCUGCCCAUUUGGGUUCUUAUUUCAAGUGUCCGAGUUCUUUUUAUGCAGUUUUUGAUGGUCAUGGAGGGCCUGAUGCGGCUGCUUAUGUCAAGAGGAAUGCUAUGAGAUUGUUUUUUGAGGAUAUUGACUUGCCACAAACAUCUGAUAUUGAUGAUGUCUUCCUAAAAGCACUGAGUAAUUCCCAUAGGAAAGCAUUUUUACUGGCCGACCUUGCAUUGGCUGAUGAAAGCAUUGUUAAUCGUUCAUGUGGAACAACAGCAUUGACUGCCCUACUUCUUGGAAGGCAUUUAGUGGUUGCAAAUGCUGGUGACUGCCGAGCAGUUAUCUGUAGGAAAGGGGUAGCUGUCGAUGUGUCUCAAGAUCACCGGCCCUCUUAUUUGCCAGAGCGCAGACGGGUUGAGGAAUUGGGUGGUUAUAUCGAAGGUGAAUAUCUUAAUGGUUAUCUUUCUGUUACUCGAGCCCUUGGAGACUGGGAUUUUAAGCUUCCACUUGGCUCUACAUCACCUCUCAUUGCUGAGCCAGAUGUUCAACAGUUUAUGUUAAUGGAUGAUGAUGAAUUUAUGAUUAUUGGUUGUGAUGGUAUCUGGGAUGUUAUGUCAAGCCAACAUGCUGUCAGCCUUGUCCGUCGUGGGCUGAGGCGGCAUAAUGACCCAGAACUCAGUGCCAGAGAACUAGUCAUGGAAGCAUCACGCCUCCAUUCAGCUGAUAAUCUCACAGCCGUUGUUGUCUGCUUCUCUUCACCUAAUCCUGUUGAGUCAUGUCCACCUCAGAGGCGAAGGUUGCGGUGCUUCUGCCUCUCUGAGGAGGCUCGGAACAAGCUGAAGAGCUUGUUCGAAGGCAAUUGA